AUGACGUUCCUUCCUGCUUCAAUACGCUCUGCACGACGAGCAAUUGUCGACUCUUCCAGUGCGGCCUCUCUCAUUCGCGUGACUCAUCUGCCAGCGCAACGGCAGCGCGCCGCCGCCUCGAAUCAAAUUUGUCUCCGAGCCCCCACCAUCCCCCACCACUCAACUCUCCCCCGCCGCACUCGUUCUUUUUCCUCAAUCCCUCGUCUCGCCGCGAAGAUCGAUACAAUGGGCAAGGAUAAGGGUCCCUCGUUUAACCUCAAGACCCCUAAGGGCACCAAGGACUGGUGCGGGUCCGACGCCAUCCUCCGGGACCGCAUCUUCACCACCAUCGCCGACGUUUUCAAGCGCCACGGCGGCACUGCCCUCGAUACCCCCGUCUUUGAGCUGCGCGAGAUUCUGGCCGGAAAGUAUGGUGAGGACUCUAAGCUCAUCUACGACCUGCAGGAUCAGGGUGGUGAGAUCUGCUCGCUCCGUUAUGACUUGACCGUCCCCUUUGCGCGUUGGUUGGCUAUGAACCCGGAUGUUCGCAGCAUCAAGCGUUAUCACAUUGCGAAGGUGUACCGCCGAGACCAGCCCGCUGUCAGCAAGGGCCGUAUGCGCGAGUUCUACCAGUGUGACUUUGAUAUCGCCGGUACUUUCGACGCUAUGGUUCCCGAUGCCGAGGUCAUGCGCAUUGUUAGCGAGGUGUUCGAGGAGCUGGGCUGGAACGGCCGGUAUACUAUCAAGAUCAACCACCGUAAGAUUCUGGACGGUGUAUUCCAGGUCUGCGGUGUCCCGGAGGACAAGAUUCGUCCUAUCUCCAGUGCCGUUGAUAAGUUGGAUAAGAUGUCUUGGGCGGAUGUGCGCAAGGAGAUGGUCGAUCAGAAGGGCCUUGAUGGUGCUGCGGCCGAUCUUAUCGAGACCUACGUUAUGAACAAGGGUGGACGUGAGCUGUUGGAGAAGCUGCUCCAGGAUGAGAGGCUCACUGCCAACGCCUCCGCCAAGGCUGGUCUGGAAGACAUGGCUCUGAUGAUGGACUACCUGGAGGCUUUCAACGUCCUGGAUAAGAUCUCGUUCGAUAUGUCUCUGGCCCGUGGCUUGGAUUAUUACACUGGUGUCAUCUACGAGGUGGUCACCGAGGGCUCCGCCCCUGCUGUGCAGUCUGAUGCCCCCGAGGCUGAGAAGCUGAAGAAGGCCAGCAAGAAGGGCAAGUCCAAGAACCCCGAAGACGAUGACCGGUCCGAUGACCCCACUCUGGGUGUCGGCAGUGUUGCCGCUGGUGGUCGUUAUGAUAACCUGGUGGGCAUGUUCCUGCCCAAGGCUCAGAUUCCUUGCGUUGGUAUUUCAUUCGGUGUCGACCGCAUCUUCUCCAUCACCAAGGCACGCCUCGAGCGUGAGCAGAACGCCAAGAACCUGCGUAACAGUGAGGUUGACGUUCUGGUCAUGGCCUUUGGCGGUAAGGGCUUCACCGGUAUGCUCAAGGAGCGUAUGGACAUUUGCCAGAAGCUGUGGAGCGCCGGUAUCAAGGCCGAGUUCUCCUACAAGGCCAAGCCCAAGCCUCAGCAGCAAUUCAAGGCUGCCGAGGAUGGCGGCAUUCCCUUCGGUAUCAUCAUCGGUGAGGACGAGCUUGCCGCCGGCAAGGUCAAAAUCAAGGAGAUGGGUCUGGACAAGGACCACCCCGAGAAGGAGGGUGUCGAUGUCGAACUGGCCUCUCUCAUCCCCGAGCUGCAGUCCCGCCUUACAAAGAAACAGGGCGGCUCUGUCAUUAGCUUGGCUCAGCAACUGCAGGGUGUGCAGGUCUGA